AAGAGGAUUUUGGCGCUGGUUCUGUGGACUGUAAACUGAUGGCAGUUUUAGGAACCUUUAAUUAAUUUACAGUCAUUUUUAAGUAUUGUAAUUUAGUAUAUCGUUAUUGUAGAACAUCAUGAUGAAUUAUUCAGACUAUGACUCCGAGGAUUACUCUUCUAAUGAAGAUGAAGACUAUGUUCCUUCUGAUGACAACCUGAGUGAGGAUGAUCUAAAUAUGUGUGAAAAGGAAGAUGUGCUGGAUGCAGAUAACCAGAAUGAACCAAGUAAGCAUGUCCACAAGAAGAAAAAGAAACUAAGUAAAGGCAUUUCUGCAAGAAAAAGUAAAAAAGGAGGGCUUAAGCUGGAAGAAGGUGAUGAGGGUGCCCCAGACCAACCAAAACAAAAAACAACAGCAGAAGAAAAGUCUGUAUCAACGUCCACAGAGAAUAAUGAGGAACAGCAGAAGAAGAAGGAAGAUGAUCUUUGGGUUAGUUUUUUAAGUGAUGUUGGCCCUAGACCCAAAGUUCAGGCUACAGGCUCGCAACAGACCGCGUGUAUGGCCGGUAAAGCCAGCACAGACUUUCCUCAGGAAGAACCAAAACCCAAAGACCCCCCCACAGUCACAAUAACCAAGAUCUAUGACUUCGCCGGAGAAGAAGUCAGGGUCACUAAAGAAGUGGACGCUGACUCACGGGAAGCCAAAAGCUUUCUAAAAAAGGAGGAUAAAGUGGAGGAACAGCAGAUUUCAGUCUCUAAAUCCCCUGCUCCUUCCUCUUUCACUGCUGGACCAAGUGCGAAAAGACCAGCAGGGAUGGGCAGUAUUCUGAGUUGUAUCGGGGCAAAAAAGCCUAAGAUGAGCACCCUGGAAAAGUCCAAGCUUGACUGGGACACUUUUAAAUCAGAGGAGGGAAUUUCUGACGAGCUGGCCAUUCACAACAGAGGCAAAGAAGGGUAAGUGAAGGGUACAUAGAGAGAAAGAACUUCCUGGAGAGGGUGGACAAGCGGCAGUUUGAACUGGAGAAGAAUGUGCGUCUUAGCAACAUGAAGCGAUGACGGAUUUGCACAGCAUGUAUUUUGAGCUGAUAAUAAACUUUACAAAAAAUA